AUGGUCAAGCGCAAGAGAGAGGAAACGGCAAAGGACCGCCAGAGCUCCAAGCAGCCUUCCAAGGCUGUCAAGGCUACAGUCAGCGAGAAAAUCCCUUCUACCUCAGCAGCCGACAGUCCAUCGGUCACACUGCAAAUUAUCACUGGAUCCUACGAAAGAGUGUUGCAUGGCUUUACCGCGGCUGUUUCGCCCGCCUCUUUUACGUCUCAGGAUGCUAAAGAGGCUGGUGGUAACUCAGAUCUAGUGCAGUUCGUGGAUACAUUUCUGUUCGAGGCUCAUACGUCUGCCAUUCGGUGUCUCGCCUUAUCGCCAUUGCCCAAGGCUGAUUCGACGGAAAAACCCCAAGUUAUUCUGGCGAGUGGUGCUACAGAUGAACGUGUCAACCUUUACUCUCUGUCUGCUGCCCCAGUUGCGGUAAACGAGCACUAUCCGACCGUACCGACUCUCGCGGGCAACAAGAUCCUUGAAAACCCCAAGAACCGCGAGGUGGGCACAUUGAUGCAUCAUUCCGCCCCUAUUUCGGCUCUAGAAUUUCCCUCGCGCUCAAAGAUCCUAGUCGGCUCUGAGGACAAUACCAUCUCUAUUACGAGGACUCGGGAUUUCUCUGUCGUCUCUACCAUCAAGGCUCCUCGCCCGAAAGUUCAGGGUAGGCCCAGUGGUGAUACCGCACCUCCCGGGGGCUCUCCGUCAGGUGUCAAUGAUAUUGCCGUCCACCCCAGUAUGAAGUUGAUGUUGAGUGUGGGCAAGGGGGAGAAAUGUAUGAGGCUCUGGAACUUGGUCACUGGAAAGAAAGCUGGUGUGUUGAACUUCAACCGAGAAAUCCUACAGAGUGUCAAAGAAGGCAAGUGGAGCACUGGGGAAGGAAGAAAGAUUGUGUGGAAUGCGAAGGGAGAUGAAUUCGCCGUCGCAUUCGAGUGGGGUGCUGUCGUCUUUGGAAUCGACUCCACCCCUGUCUGUAGAGUUUUCCCAAACCCCCGAAGUAAGCUCCAUCAAAUGAAGUACAUCAACCCCAACCCCUCGUCGGAUGAUAGCGACGAGUUGCUUGCCGUCUCGACGGAAGACGGCCGGGUCAUCUUCUACUCCACCAAACAGGUUCAAGACGCACCAGAGGGAGAUGAUUCGCCCAUCCCUUAUGCGGAAGCUGUCGCUCAGCUCGGUGGCAGAGCAGCCGGCUUCCCCGGAAGAGUGAAAGACUUCGAGAUCUUGGGUUUGAACGAUCAACGGGCCGCCGGAAAGGAUGACCUUCUAGUGGUAACUGGAAAUAGCGAGGGCUUGGUUCGCGUAUGGCUUCUACAUGGCAAAGAUUUGACCAGAGCGGACACAAAGAAGAAGUCGCCGGGCAACAAGGAAAAGAAGGAUGUCCAAGUGGGGAAGCUGUUGAAUGCUUAUGGAACAGGAAAUCGGAUCACCUGCCUCAAAGCAUUCGUUAUGCUACCCCCCGAAGAUCCCUCGACGCUCGAGGAUUCGGAAGAGGAGGAUGAGGAUGAUGUGAGCCAGGACGAGUACUCCAGCGAAGAGAGCGAUGAGGAGUAG